AUGCAAACCGAGGUGGAGUUGACGAAGCAGCUCCGCCGAGGGUGGGAUAGCCGACAGGAAGGGCUACGUCGGCGAUCUCUUUUCUUUUCUGGUUCGAUCGGUAUCCACUCACGAAGGGGGAGAAAGGACUUCGGUCCUCUGUUUUUGUCUGCUCGAGAAGAGGAACUUGGUGGGAAGCAGUCACAAGGGUGGUUCUAUGGUGCUCGUGGAUCGCUGCCUCUUCUUCUCCGGGGAAUUCAUGGGUGUUUGUUUCUUGUGUUCUUGACUGGUAACGAAUGCAGAUGUGUGUUGACGAUUCAACUGACGAUUCAUGGGUGUUUGUUUCUUGUGUUCUUGAUUGGUUUUGAAAAGGCUAACAUUGAUGUGGAGAAGGAAGAAAACAUAGAGAACGAAAGUGUAUUAUACCAGAAUGUGUUAUACUACAAUGUAUAA